AUGGCAACACCAGCUCGCCAAAACUUCGAGGGCAUUGCACAAAUGCUCGACGCCGUUACUAUAAAACAACCUGCUACUUGGGGCUUUGUGGUCUACCGAUGCUCGUAUAAUAAUGAAGAUGCCUGGCAGACAAUUCUUCAAAAACUACGCGAAGAGAUAGUUGAAUCUCUAGAAUUGGCUGGGCGAGAGGACUUAUUACCUCGCCAUGAGAUGAUUAUUAUGGACGAUAGAGCAAAAUAUGAGGGCGCCACAUCUCAUGAUAUCCGUGACCAUUUCACCUCUUGGGUAUUUGAUACUUUACCUAGUAUCACGGCCAUUCCAUUGACUGAGUCCGAGAGGCAGUUAACCCUUAUAAAUGAUACCCGUAUUCUAGGGCGAGAGACUGAAUUUGGUACACAGUAUACUUUCUGCCUUUUUGUUGAUGACAUUUGCCUAGAGUCUAUUAACUAUAUGGAUCCCCCAGUUAUAAAGUUACUGGCAAAGCACUUUGGAGCUCUAGACCCUUCUGAAAGAGACUAUAUCAUACACCCUGAUUACGAGGAUGGUGAAACAGAUAACGAAGAGGAAGAUGUCGGGUGGAUGUAUUUUGAAAUUCAUGAGUAUGUUGAGAUGUAUGACCUGUUGGAGGACGGGACUGAGUGGUGGUAUGAAAAAUACCGGAGACCACCCUUGUUACCUUAUGACUGUAUCGCGGAUCAAAACCCAGGCUAUUGGCGCAAUUAA